AUGACCGAUCCAUCUUCCUCCCCAGCCGCCUCCACCAUUUUGGGAACUGCAACAAAUCCGAAUACUCCGCCUCCAGAUGAUGCGCAAUCGGGAAGUAUAGUUCCUGGUCAAGCGAUGGAUGAUGCCGCGUCUUCAUCAGCGGACUCGCCCGGCCAGCGAGGCCAAGAUAUCCAACCGACAUGGCCUAGCGAGAUAGACCGAGCAAACAUACGCGCGUACGUCUUCUGGCAGCGCGAACAGCACAUGGACAAUAUCUUGCUUGAUUUACAUUGGGCUGGACAGCAUAACCAUGCAUUCUUCAAUCUUCAUACUCGUUUGAGACUUGAGGGCGCACCUGGUGCCUCUCGGCGUGGCCUCAUCAAUGCUUACAUUUUCAUCUACCCCGAACGCAUACGCCGGCUGUCAUUUACUGCCCAACCUCAAUACUCGCCAUUUGGUUCCGCUACCAUUGCUCUUACUUUUCAACUUAGUAGACGACCUGCUCUUGUUCUUCCUGAAGCGUACACCUCUCUAGGACAAGGGGCAGAAGAGGCAAUGCGUUCCCUUCGUAGCCUCAUCCAACAGUUGAAUUUUACUGUUUAUGCAUCGCUUCCUAGUAGAAGGCUCUCUCCUACCUGGCUGCAGCAGUUUUGCAAUGACGUCACGGAGCAAAGGUUCACAACUAUUGCAUCACUCGCCAACUUGAAUACUCUGUACCAAGGCCAGGGUACACAAGUGAUUGAGGGAGAUGACCUGCUUGAAACUGUUGAUAGUCGGGACAAUUCUCCUGCUGCCCAAGAACUCCCGGCUUAUCAAAAGACAAACCAAAGUAUUCCUCUGACACGUUCUGACAUGACAACCAUGCAGGCUCUCCUUGAAAACAGGUUGGAGAGCAUGCUUGCUGCCCACGAGCGCAGGCUGGGAGAGAUGCUCUCUGCUCACGAGCACAAGGUUAAUGAAAUGCUAUCUGCUCACAGAUGUAAAAUUGAUGUUGAAGAGAAGAUAGAGUCUAUGGAAGAGCGAGUGAAAUGUGAUGUUAUGGACCAGUUGACGGAUGCGAUGAAUGAAAGAAUGCGCGAAGAGUUGGAUGGAGUGCAAGAGGAGGCCUUCAGGGAGCCCGAGCCGGCGAUCUCGUUCGGCACAGCGCACGCCUCGGAGGUCACGACACCUCUAAAAAUGGCGUUUUGCAAGUUCCGUCAUCUCGAGCCGCCCGAUGGAUUCGCAGCUAAGAGGGCUACCUAG